CCGUACCACCACUUCUACGUCGACGACGGCAACCUCAUGGUCGCGUCCCCGGAUAUCUCCACCAACCUCGAGUUGAUCGGCCCGCUCUACGAAACGCUCACCACCUCCCUCGGACGCGCUGGGUACCUCCUCGAGCACGAAAAAACGGAGGGCAUACACUUCAUCCCCCCACACAGCGCACACCGCCCCCAUGCCACACGCGCCAUCCCCCUGCCCGGACUCCUCACGGCUCUCAAGCCCCCCACGGCAAUCCGCCACCUCGGAUUCCUGCUCGACAGCAAACUCGACUGGCGCGCCCACAUCCGCCACUACGCGCACCGCGCACGCACCACCUGCGCGGCUUCCCACAUGCUCGGCUCCUCGGCGCGCGGCGUCAACCCUUCGCAGCGCCGCCUUCUGUACGUCUCGUGCAUCCGCCCGGUGCUCACGUAUGGGUGCCAGGUGUACGCCCGCCCCAAGGGGUUCAAGGACAACUUCAAGGUCCUCGCCACAGCCCAGCAUCACGCCCUCCGGUGGAUCACGGGCUCCUUCUCCACGACCCCCACCGGCGCGCUCCACGCACUCGCGGGCGUCGUCCCGGUU